AUGGGUUCCGAUCCACAAUACGCCAAAUACCCCAACCUCUCCCUCGCCCAAGACAUCUUUAACCUCUCCAACCCGGCAUGUUCCCAAACACACCAACAGGCCUCGCUGAAGAGGCUGCAAUCUGCCAUUUCACAACAUCAUAUGGCCCCUCUAUACCGGCAUCUGGCCCACCCAGUCGACGGCAUCCUGAACACUACGGGCGAAGGCACCACCUCCCAGCACACAAUCCCCGCAGGCAGUAAAGGCGGCGUAGUCGCGUCGAAUCUCCUGUCUGGCAGGAAAGUGUCGCAGAAUCUUACCCUGCCGUGGGACGAGAAGCUGUACGAUUCGUUGGUAGAUGAGAAUAAGAAGGAGCUGGAUGCUUUGCAAAAGGAGGAAGACGAUGCUGCUGAGGCUGCGGGUGAUACUGAGGUUCAAGCUGCUCGAGGCAAACGAGCGGAGUUCUGGGCCCGGGUUGGCGAUAGGGACAAGGCAGUUGCUGCUUACGAAGCAGUGUUAGAGAAAACCGGAAUUCUAGGCACGAAGAUCGACUUGAUUCUGGCAAUUAUUCGGAUCGGACUGUUUUUUGGUGAUAAGGCGUUUGUCAAAAAGCAGGUGGAGAGAGCAAGUGCGUUGGUCGAGAGUGGCGGGGACUGGGAUCGAAGAAAUCGCCUAAAGGCCUACAAGGGACUUCACCUCCUUACAGUCCGCUCUUAUAACCUGGCCGCACCUCUUCUUCUCGACAGCUUGUCCACAUUCACCAGCUACGAAUUAUGCAGCUACUCGUCCCUUGUUGUCUACUCUGUCCUCGCUGGCUCCCUUGCCUUGAAGCGCCUCGACUUUAAAGCAAAAGUCGUCGAUGCGCCUGAAAUCAAGGCCAUUCUCGGUGAAGGAGAAGACAGGCUAUCCGCCUUGAGUGGCGCCAUUUCGUCAGGACCUGGAGCUGGAGAUGAAGAAAUGAAGGAUGCUGCUACGACCACAACCCCAGGUGUCGCAUCAACCGUUGUAAAUCUUACCACCCUGGGCGCUGAAAGUGGAUUUGCCCCGGAAGAAGAGGCACCAAUGGACUUCUCUCCGCUCUCCAACCUCGUCAGCAGUUUGUACAAUGGCAUUUAUCGUUCGUUCUUCCUGGCACUGGCGGCCGUUGAGGAUAAUUUUCUGAGCCAGGACCGUUAUCUCUAUGAGCACCGCGCGUGGUUUGUGCGCGAGAUGCGGUUACGCGGAUAUCAGCAACUACUGCAGAGUUAUCGUGUUGUCGGACUUAGUAGCAUGGCCAACGAUUUUGGCGUCACUGUUGAUUUCCUUGAUAGGGAUCUUGCCAAAUUCAUCGCCGGCGACCGGAUAGCAUGCACGAUCGACCGUGUCAACAACAUCAUUGAGACCAACCGGCCCGACGACAAGAAUAAGCAGUAUGCCGAUGUAGUGAAGCAAGGAGAUGCAUUGAUUACAAAGCUGCAGAAAUACGGGCAGGCGGUGAGGAUGCGGGGGAGCGAACGGGGUUGA